GAUAAUAAUAAUGAUAGUCCAAAAAUGAUGCUGAUAGCAAUUAGUAGGAAAUGAUAACUUUUGCAAGACGGUUUAUAACCUCAUCGAUCAAUAUGCAUCCACUACAAAGUGCAAAAAAAAUAGCAGCUUUUAAAGCUGUCGAUGAAUACGUAAAGACUGAUAGUGUUAUUGGAAUCGGGAGUGGAUCAACUGUUGUAUAUGCAGUUGAAAGACUAGCCGAAAGAGUAAACAAUGAAAAAUUAAACGUAGUUUGUGUGCCUACUUCAUUUCAAGCUCGGCAACUUAUUGUUAAACAUGGACUUACUUUAGGAGAUCUGGAAAUUCAUCCGAAAAUAGACUGUACCAUCGAUGGAGCGGACGAAGUUGACUCCGAAAUGAAUCUUAUCAAAGGUGGAGGCGGGUGUUUACUUCAAGAAAAAGUCGUCGCCUCUUGUUCAGAACAACUUAUAAUAGUCGCUGAUUACACGAAAAAUUCUCAAAAACUAGGCGAACAGUACAAAAAAGGAGUGCCAAUUGAGGUCGUUCCUAUGGCGUACAGGCCAAUUCAACAAAAAAUAGAAGAGACGUUUGGCGGUUCAACUGUAUUAAGAAUGGCAGUAGCGAAAAUGGGACCGCUGGUAACGGACAAUGGAAACUUUAUAAUCGACUGGAAUUUCCCAGAAGAAAUCGAAAAUUGGCCGGAGGUAAAUACAAAAUUAAUUUCAAUGCCAGGAGUCGUAGAGACCGGACUCUUUAUAAAAAUGGCUAAAAAAGCUUUCUUUGGAAUGUCAGACGGAAGUGUGAAAGAACGAUCUUAAUAUUAAAAAACAGAUUCGUUCGAAAAUGAAUACAUUGUUACUACAAGAACAAUUAAAACAGUACAAAUUCUAUUUUAUACAAACUACAAAAUAUUUACUUUAGCUUAUUAUAAGCUAUAGAAAAAAUAGAUUCUUUUUUACAACUAUUUCCCUAUUUUCGGGACAUAAAUAAAGAAAAAACCGGGAACAAUUAUAUUUUUAACCAAUUUUUAUUGAAAUCGCUUUAAAAAAGUUGAUUAUAAUUGGAACAAUACAACGAUGUUGUUUCUAAAUAUAUGACAAAUAAAUGCUUAGAAAUACA